AUGGAAAACGCCAGAGACCUGGUGGAGCGUCCGUCCAGGAAGCGCCGGGACUCCUUUGGGAUGCUGGACGGUUUGGACGAGGACCGGAGCAGCUGCAGCACCGAGUCCAGCGCGGGGAGCGGAGCCUCCAGCCCUGAGGACAGUGACGAGGAGGAGCUGGGAGGAGGAGUGGUGACGCAGCUCACCCCCUCCUCCUCUUCCUCCUCCCUGACACUCAUCAAGACCAACGGGCAGGUGUACACCUACCCUGAUGGAAAGGCGGGCAUGGCGACCUGUGAGAUGUGUGGUAUGGUGGGUGUCAGAGAUGCUUUCUACAGUAAAACCAAGCGUUUCUGCAGCGUCUCCUGCUCUAGAAGUUUCUCCUCCAACUCCAAGAAGGCCAGCAUCCUCGCCAGACUGCAGGGGAAGCCACCCACUAAGAAGGCCAAGGUUCUGCAGAAACAGCCUCUGAUGACCAAACUGGCUGCUUACGCUCAGCAUCAAGCCAACCAGCAGAGCGCAGUGAGGAAGAGCGUAACUGUGGAGGUGUUUGACUGGGGUCGUUACCUUGGAGACGGAGAUGUGAUGGGAGCACCGGUCAGCUGCUUCAAACAUGUCCCGAUGGGGAGGACGUGGGGCGACAUCAGUGAAGGUGUCCGAGUCGAAGUCCCAAACACUGACAGUGGUCUGCCCAUGAAGGUUUACUGGAUCGCUGGGAUCAUCAAACUGGCUGGUUUUAAGGCCUUGCUGCGUUACGAGGGUUUCGACAGCGACUCCACCAGAGAUUUCUGGCUGAACCUGUGCGUGCCGGACAUCCACCCGGUCGGCUGGUGUGCUGCUGGAGGAAAACCUCUGGUCCCCCCUCAGACCAUCCUGCACAGGUUCACCAACUGGAAGACGUUCCUGAUCAAACGGCUGACAGGAUCCAAAACGCUGCCUCCAGACUUCUCCUCCAAGGUCCAGGACAGCAUGCAGGUUCCCUUCAAGAGGCAGAUGAGGGUGGAGGUGGUGGAUAAAGCUCACCUGUGUCGCACACGGGUCGCUCUGGUUGAACAGGUGAUCGGCGGGCGUCUCCGUCUGGUCUACGAGGAGUGUGAAGACGGGACGGACGACUUCUGGUGCCACAUGUACAGUCCUCUGAUCCACAGCAUCGGCUGGUCUCGAUCCAUCGGGCACCGCUUCAAGCGAUCUGAUGUGUCGAAGAAGCUGGGCGUUCAGACAGACGCUCCUGGACAGCUGUUUGCCAAGGUGAGGGAGGUGGAUCAGAGCGGGUCCUGGUUUGAAGACGGGAUGAAGCUGGAAGCCAUCGACCCUCUGAACCUGUCUGCCAUCUGCGUGGCCACAGUCAGGAAGGUGCUGGCGGACGGGUACCUGAUGAUCGGCAUCGACGGUUCGGAGGCGGCUGACGGUUCGGACUGGUUCUGUUAUCAUUCCACGUCCCCCUCCAUCUUCCCCUCCGGCUUCUGUGAGAUCAACAGCAUCGAGCUGACCCCCCCCAGAGGUUACACCUGCCUUCCCUUCAGGUGGUUUGAAUACCUGAAGGAGACCAAGUCUGUGGCUGCCCCCGUCAACCUGUUCAACAAGGACGUCCCCAACCACGGUUUCCGUCCCGGUAUGAAGCUGGAGGCCGUGGACCUCAUGGAGCCCAGGCUGGUCUGCGUCGCCACGGUGACUCGCAUCGUCCACAGGUUGCUACGGAUACACUUCGACGGCUGGGAGGACGAGUACGAUCAGUGGGUGGACUGUGAGUCACCUGACCUGUACCCGGUCGGCUGGUGUCAGCUGACCGGGUACCAGCUGCAGCCCCCAGCUGUGAAUACAGGCUCCAGAGAUCUACAGUCAGCAGCUUCCAAACAGAGGAAGAAGUCCCAGCAGUACAAGGGACAGAAGAAAAAGAGGAAGUUGCCCGUCGCCAAGCGGCCUGUCAGUCUCUCUGGCGCCAUGGUAACGGGUGUCCCCAGGAGCCUAUCAGGAGAUGAGAAUGAGACUCCACCCAAUUACCCAUCACCCCCUUCUCCUGCCUCAGCAGCCCAGCCCCCCUCUGUUGACCCAGAGAGCAGCCCGAACACUGAGGGGGGGGCAGUUUCACAGAUUAAAGACGAGAACGUGGAGGGGACAGAACUAACGCCUGAAAGGACUGAAACAGAAACCAACGGAUCUUCUGGAGAAUUCUUCAGCAACCAGGACCAGUAGGCCUCACCCCCCCCCCUCUCUGAUCUCUCCAUCCAUCAUCCCUCUGUUUCUACAUUUCAGUCCUCGUGAAAUCCUCUACUGUGAUUGGAUCAGAGUUUUUAUUAUUAUUUGAAUCGUGCUGCUCAUCAGCGAAGUGAAGCACUCCACUGAGGGAGAAGUUCUUCUUCAGCCUGUGUGAACACGUCAGUGUUCAGGCCUGCUGACCUUCCUCCACCUCAGCCUCCUCCGUCCCCCUCUGAGCCUGCUCAGACCAGAAUUCAUCCGCACGGAUUCACGAAGCUCAGUUCAGCAGCCGUUCACAGCGACCACUCGUCCUCCGUGUUGUUUCUGGGAAUGUGGGGCUUCGGACGCCUGGUGGGAGUUCACGUUCCGGAAUUGGUGGAUGUUUCAUGAACUCAUUUUCUGCAGGGUGUUUAAAUCCUUCUCUGUCUGUUAACCAGUUAGUUCAGAGAUACUGGUCUGUAGCUGGGAGCAUGCUAACACUAGCCAGCUAGCUAACCUGGCACCCGCCAGCUAGCUGGGUUGCUAACAGGAUGAACACAUCGUGUUUCUAUAAAGAUUAUUAACGAGUGAAUCCCUGUGAAACUGAGUGCUGGUCUGAGCAGGUCUGAGCCAGACCCCCUCUGUUCAUCGGCCUCUUUUGGCUUUAAGGACAUCACACGUUUCACUCAGUGAGGAAGAGGAAGUGGUCCUGCUGUGUUUGGGAGGGGGGGGACGAUGAUGAAACUUUUGUAUGAUAAUUUUUUCAACGCCAAGAUCUCUGUCGUUUGUACGUGUUCAUGUGGUGAGU